AUGGCGCAAGACGCGGCUUCGUCCUCCUCCUCCUCGCCGUGCGUCGUCGUUUUGCUCCCCGACGGCUCGGCGCGCCUGUACGACGACGCGCGUCUCACGGCGUCGGCUGUGCUCGCUGACUUCCCCCGCCACGUGCUCCUCUCCACCCUCAGCACCGCCACGCCUCGCACCCCCUUGCCACCCGCCGCGACCCUCCAAGCUGGCCGAACGUAUUAUCUCGUUGCCGAGACGCACUGUCCGCGAACGGCGGCGAGAAUCGAGGUGGAAACGUUUGAUUCGGCGUGCUCGGAUUGCCAAUUUCCCCGCCGCAGGGUGCUGCAGAAGUCGCUGACGUUGCCGUCCAACGGCGUGACGUCACUCGCGCGUCCAGACCAAAACAGAAACACUGGGUCCACACAAGAUUGUUUUACCGCUCCGCAGAUGGACUUCGGAUUGGGUCCCGCCGACUGGAGGUCCGAGAUUCAAUCAAAUGAGAGACCAGACGGAUUAAUCCCCACCUCCGGGAACUACGACGGCCAGAGAUCGCUCGGAUCGUACGGCCCAGUUUCGCCGCUUUCGCCGCUGUCUCCCUAUUCUCCCGCGCUUUCCACGGUCAGCGACGGUGCGACUCCAAUUCCGUAUCGUUACAGUCACUGUAAUGGUGACGGUGGCGCGCGGCUUCCGACGUGGCAGGAAAUGGAGGGCGUGGAGAGCACCGAGACAAUGCAAAAAACUUGCACGUCUGACAGUCGCCGACCUGCGAACCCUAUUCUCCAAGAGCUCGACGAUUUCGAGGAUAUGACCGACAGUCGUUCACCCAACAAUCAGCAGCACUCUCCCCAUUCCUCCAUCGGCCAACUUCGCGGAAGACGAUCUCUCGAUUCUCUCGCACAGCCAACCACAGCGGCCCGCCGAGCAUCGUCUAAGCCGUCGUUUCUGGACAAGCUUCCCUUACUAAAAGGAUGGAGUUUCAAAUCUCGCAAGGCUAACACCGGUCGGAAGAUCAGUAAGAACAGCGAGAGUUGCGGCGACAUUAUCGGACAGAAUCGAGAGGAGGAAGCUUGGAACAAUUUUUACGACAAAUCCGUGAUGCACACAGACACGCAAAUUCUCGCACACCGGAAUAAGCUACCAGAAUACUCAGCGGGUGUACACGCUGAUCCAAGGGUGUAUGCUUGUAACGAGGAUGUGUAUGCGACUGGUGUGAGAGUAUUCCCAAGGCAGCACGCGUCGCAUGGGGCUGGCGAGGACGCGUUUGUUUUCAGCUACGAGCGACACCACUCGCAGCUGUUCUAUCGCGGAUGCGGCAGUGAGGCGAUGUAUGCCUAA